UGUGGUGAGGGUGGGGGUGCAGGGUGCUGAGGGCUACCGCAAGCACCUCCCCUAGAAAUGCACCAAAUCUCUCCCGUGUUCUCCUGCAUGGUGCGGGGCUCGAUCGGCUAAAAAAAAAAAAAAAAAGAAGAAGAAGAAGAAGAAGAAGGGAGGGGAUGGAGGAGCAGGUGGGGGGCUGAAGACCAGACCACCCCCCACCCACCCCGGCACCCGUGAACGCCACGGUACCGCAUUGGCAUCAGUGAAGGCACCUGAACACACCUUCCACCCCACCCCGCGCGUGCCGCGAAAAAAAAAAAAAGGAGGAUAUCGAAAAGGCCUUACUUACAAAGACUUUUGACGGGGUUGGCGUGCGUAAAGCAUUUACGCACGGCGUCUGGAGCCAAAGGAGAGACAAACGGAGAGGUGUCGCGCAUCGAGGAGGAGAGGACGGGAGGGGGAAAAAGGCAAGGAAAAGGAAGAAAAAGCGGAGAGGAGAGGAGAGGAGAGGAGAGGAGAGGAGAGGAGAGGAGAGGAGAGGAGAGGAGAGGAGAGGAGGGGGGGGGGCAGGACGCAGAAGCGGAGCUGCGACGUCUGAAGGUGAAAUGAACCUGAGGAGAAGCACACUGAGGAAGAAGUGGAGAUAGCAACCAAAAACAACAACAACUACCGUCGUUGUCUUAAUCUGAACUGGUGCGCCCCCCUCCUCCUCCUCCUCCCCCCCCCCAUCGCCCACCCGCUCUCGUGUCUGGUGGAUGCAACCAAGCGGACGCCGCCACCCAAAGUCGACUCUCUUGUUUUGGGGUUUCUUUUUUUGUUGUUUUUUUCCUGUCUGUGUCUUCUAUAUUGGAUCGGGAGGAAAAAGGGGCAAGUGAACGCGAUCAUGGCGACGUUAAUCCGGAGCAAACUGUCCAAUAAACUGUCCGACGCGGCCACGACCGUCACCAACAAAUCCCAGGCCAAAGUCAGCGGCAUGUUCGCCAGGAUGGGCUUCCAGGCCGCCACCGACGAGGAGGCGCUGGGCUUCGCCGCCUGCGACGACCUGGACUACGACCACCGGCAGGGGAUGCAGAUGGACAUCCUGCAGCGGGCCGCCGAAGACAAGGCGGAAGGAGGCGGGGGGGACGGGGGCGACGCCGGCAUGGAUGGGGACAGCCACUACCAGCGGGACGCCGCCGGCCCGUCGCGCUCCUCCUCCAAGGACGGGGCUUCCAACGGCGAACUGUCGGAGGCCAGACCCAAGAUCACGGCCUGGGAGGCGGGGUGGAACGUCACCAACGCCAUCCAGGGGAUGUUCGUCCUGGGCCUGCCCUACGCCAUCCUGCACGGGGGCUACCUGGGCCUCUUCCUGAUCAUCUUCGCCGCGGUGGUGUGCUGCUACACGGGCAAGAUCCUGAUCGCGUGCCUGUACGAGGAGGACGAGGACGGGCGGCUGGUGCGCGUGCGCGACUCCUACGUGGACAUCGCCAACGCCUGCUGCGCGCCGCGCUUCCCGGCGCUGGGCGGCCACGUGGUCAACGUGGCGCAGAUCAUCGAGCUGGUGAUGACGUGCAUCCUGUACGUGGUGGUGAGCGGCAACCUGAUGUACAACAGCUUCCCCGACAUGCCCGUGUCGCAGAAGUCGUGGGCCAUCAUCGCCACGGCGGCGCUGCUGCCCUGCGCCUUCCUCAAGAACCUGAAGGCCGUGUCCAAGUUCAGCCUGCUGUGCACGCUGGCCCACUUCGUCAUCAACGUGCUGGUGAUCGCCUACUGCCUGUCGCGGGCGCGGGUGUGGGCGUGGGACAAGGUCAAGUUCUACAUCGACGUCAAGAAGUUCCCCAUCUCGAUCGGCAUCAUCGUCUUCAGCUACACGUCGCAGAUCUUCCUGCCGUCGCUGGAGGGCAACAUGCAGAAGCCCGCCGAGUUCCACUGCAUGAUGAACUGGACCCACAUCGCCGCCUGCAUCCUCAAGGGCCUCUUCGCCCUGGUGGCCUACCUGACCUGGGCCGACGCCACCAAGGAGGUGAUCACGGACAACCUGCCGCCGGGCAUCCGCGCCGUGGUCAACCUCUUCCUGGUGGCCAAGGCGCUGCUCUCCUACCCGCUGCCCUUCUUCGCCGCCGUGGAGGUGCUGGAGAAGAGCCUCUUCCGGGAGGGGAGCCGCGCCUUCUUCCCGGACUGCUACGGCGGCGACGGGCGCCUCAAGUCGUGGGGGCUGAGCCUGCGCUGCGGCCUGGUGGUCUUCACGCUGCUCAUGGCCAUCUACGUGCCGCACUUCGCGCUGCUCAUGGGCCUGACGGGCAGCCUGACGGGCGCGGGGCUCUGCUUCCUGCUGCCCAGCCUCUUCCACCUCAAGCUGCUGUGGAGGAAGCUGCAGUGGCACCAGGUCUUCUUCGACGUGGCCAUCUUCGUCAUCGGCGGGAUAUGCAGCAUCUCCGGCUUCAUCCACUCCAUGGAGGGGCUCGUGGAGGCCUUCAAGUACAACGUCGAGGAGUAGACCGCCACCUCGGCCUUCCUCCUUUUCUCGCUUCUGUUCAUGCGUAAAAAAAAAAAAAGAAAGAAAAAAAAAAAAAAAGCGCACCCUCGCAACCAUCCAGUCUUGCGCGUAGCACAGUUCUACACGCCCUCCUGUCACGAGGCCUUGCAUUGAACAAAACAAAAAAAAAAAAAAACAGUCAGAUGUCAGCGUACCCAAUAAAUUGGCAGUGAGAAUACAACCCCCCCCCCCCACACACACACACACAAGUCCGCACGACUGCCGCGAAUAUUAAUUUUCUUUCAAACAACAUGCAAUGAGAUGAUCCAUCUGGAUCGGCCUUCGGCCCCCGCCCCCCUCCCCCCAGUCACGAGGCCUUGCGUCUACAUGUUUAAAAAAAAAAAAAAAAAAAAAAAAAAGCAUUUCAGUAGUCUGAUGUUUGGAGAAACCAUUCAUUGGCUUUGCACAUCCAUGAAAACAAACGAUCGUUUUCCUUCUUCCCCUUCAUCUGCUCUAUUAAAUGCGAUUUUUUAAAAUGCAACAUGCAAUAAAAUAAAUCCACCCCCCCCCAAAAAAGAAAAAACAAUGGCAAUAACGACAAACAUAAAAUCUUAGCUCUGUGCGGAAAAAAAUGAUAACUGAAAGGAUCAGUUUCUUAGAAUUUGCUUAUUAUUAUUAUUAUUCAAGUAAAACGAAUAUUUACGCGUUUAUUGAUAACACCUCAAAUAAAAAAAAUCGGGGAUAAUGAUAUUUAGAGCACUCAUUUGCGGAAAAGAAAAAAAUAUAUCAAAAAUGGGGGGAGUGAUAUUUUUGGGGGGGUGGGCUUCAUUUUUUUUUUUCUCCCACAAUUGAAGCCUAGUCAAUAAAAACACAAUAUAGGAGACUGGAGCUUCUAAGCAGCUAUUCGAACUAUGCAUUGAAUGUAUGAUAGUUAGAAAUACAACCUGCAACGGGGAUAUCGGAAUAGGCCUUUUGCUUUUAUGUACAUUGGACGAAUUCGCACCUUUUCCUUCACGUCUGAUCGGCACUCGCCCCGAAUUCAAAUCCUCCCUCUGCAAACGCGACAUAACGCUCUUUGUCACCACAUUUCAAACACGUGGCCUCGAAUUCGGAGGAUGGAAAGUCUUCAUUUCGAGGGAAAUUAGUGCAUAUUGGACAUUUUUUUUCCAUUUUGUGCUAUCAAAUGGGGUCCUGUGGAAAUGUUAUUUCAAGAAAAAAAAGAGGAGAAAAAAAAAACAAACGUACGUGUAGUGUUUAUUAUUAUUGUGAUUUCAAAACAGAUGGAAUGUAUAUCUCAAAGUCGUUACCAUAUAUUGUGGAAAUAAAGAUGAUUAAAAGAAGUGAACUUAAACUGUUGGAAAAAAAAACCCCGUGGUCUUAUGUAACGCUAAAAAAAA